AUCGUUUAUCGGUCUCGUGUAUAUAUAUGCAAAUUCGAUAGUUCUUGUAUAUACACAAUUCGUACUUGCAUAAAAAGAUUUGCCAAAAUAUUGUACAAAUUUAAGAAACUUUCGAUUUACUGAUUUAAAUUCAAGUUCCUGUUUUACAAACAAAAAAAAAAAACGAAGAGCUUAAAUAACGCUAGAUAAUAUUAAUCAACAUAGAGAGGUGGCAUCAGCAUCGUGUGUGAGUCACUGGCACAAAUUUUCCCAGGCUUACUCAAAAAGUUCACAACCACUUGCUAACUCAUCAAUUAAACGUCAUCAGUUAGACGUAAACAGCUCAUCUCAUCUCAUCUCAUUAGAGUCACGCAAUGGCCGGUAUGGAAAACGAGCCGCGUACGGAGCUGCAGGAGCUGCAGUUGAAAUCUGCUCAAGUUGCCGAUGAGUCGUUGGAGAGCACGCGUCGCAUGCUCGGCUUGAUGGAUGAGUCCAAGGAGGCUGGCAUACGGACACUGGUUGCAUUGGACGAUCAGGGCGAGCAGCUGGAUCGCAUCGAGGAGGGCAUGGAUCGCAUCAAUGCGGAUAUGCGUGAAGCUGAAAAGAAUCUCAGCGGCAUGGAGAAAUGCUGCGGCGUCUGUGUGCUGCCCUGGAAGAAGGUGAACAUCAAGGAUGACGGCGACAAUGCCUGGAAGGCCAACGACGAUGGCAAAGUGGUGGCCAGCCAACCGCAACGAGUCGUCGAUGAGCGCGAACGUGGCGGCAUGGGAGCACCACCACAAUCCGGCUAUGUGGCACGCAUCACUAACGAUGCGCGCGAGGAUGAGAUGGACGAGAACUUGGGACAGGUCAACUCAAUGCUGGGCAAUUUGCGCAACAUGGCGCUGGACAUGGGCUCCGAGUUGGAGAACCAAAAUAAGCAAGUCGAUCGCAUUAAUGCCAAAGGCGAUGCCAACAACACUCGCAUGGAUGGUGUUAAUAAGCGAGCAAACCAUCUGCUCAAGAGUUAAACGGCAUAGUUAUUAUCAAAAUACUCAAAAUGAUAAUGAUGAUAACCCUAAUCAUAAAGCUUCUCCUCCUACUCCCCAUUCUCCACCUCUUCACCCACUCGAACCAAUUUACUAUCUCACAUUAACUUUCACCACCAACAACAACAACAGGGAACAAAAUGUUGUGGGCACAAAAAUUUACUAUAAACCAGUAGCGGCAAUAUUAGUUGAUAUAUUUGUUUUUGUUGCUGUUGCUGCGCGAUAUCAAAACUUUAUUUAUUACACGUUUACAAAAAAAAAAGAAAA